AGCAGCGAGCCCAGCACCCCCGCGCAGACACCCCUCGUGGCCCCUGUCAUCCCCACGCCCGUGCUCAGCUCCCCCAUGGCACCCCCGGUGCCCUCACCCACCAAGGAGGAGGAGAAUCUCCGUGCCCAGGUCAGGGACCUGGAGGAGAAGCUGGAGACACUGAAGAUCAAGAGGAAUGAGGACAAAGCGAAGCUCAAGGAGCUGGAGAAGUACAAGAUCCAACUGGAGCAGGUGCAGGAAUGGAAGAGCAAAAUGCAGGAGCAGCAGGCUGACCUCCAGAAGCGCCUGAAAGAGGCCAAGAAGGAGGCCAAGGAUGCCCUGGAGGCCAAGGAGAGGUACAUGGAAGAGAUGGCAGACACAGCUGAUGCCAUCGAGAUGGCCACCCUGGACAAGGAGAUGGCCGAGGAGAGGGCAGAGUCCCUGCAGCAAGAGGUGGACUCCCUCAAGGAGAAGGUGGAAUAUCUAACCAUGGACCUGGAGAUCCUGAAGCACGAGAUUGAGGAGAAAGGCUCUGAUGGAGCAGCGUCCAGCUACCAGGUCAAACAUCUGGAAGAGCAGAAUGCCAGGCUCAGGGAGGCUCUGGUCAGGAUGAGGGACCUGUCAGCCUCGGAGAAGCAGGAACAUGUGAAGCUCCAGAAGCAGAUGGAGAAGAAGAACACGGAACUGGAGGCACUGAGGCAGCAGAGGGAGAAGCUGCAGGAGGAGGUGAAGCAGGCAGAGAAGACAGUGGAUGAGCUGAAGGAACAAGUGGAUGCAGCUUUAGGUGCUGAGGAGAUGGUGGAGACUCUCACGGAGAGAAAUUUAGACCUGGAGGAGAAGGUCCGGGAGCUGCGUGAGACCGUCGGAGAUCUGGAGGCCAUGAACGAGAUGAACGAUGAGCUGCAGGAGAACGCGCGGGAGACGGAGCUGGAGCUGCGGGAGCAGCUGGACAUGGCCACGGCGCGCGUGCGCCAGGCUGAGACGCGUGUGGAGGCUGCGCAGGAGACUGUGGCUGACUACCAACAGACCAUCAAAAAGUACAGGGAGCUCACAGCUCACCUGCAGGACGUGAACAGGGAGCUGAUGAGCCAGCAGGAAGCGUCUGCUGAGAGGCAGCAGCAGCCACCGCCGGAGAUGUUCGACUUCAAGAUCAAGUUUGCUGAGACAAAAGCACAUGCCAAGGCCAUCGAGAUGGAGCUGCGGCAGAUGGAGGUGCAGCAGGCCAACCGCCACGUGUCCCUCCUCACUUCCUUCAUGCCUGACAGCUUCCUGCGCCAUGGCGGCGACCACGACUGCGUCCUGGUGCUGCUCCUCAUCCCACGCCUCAUCUGCAAGGCCGAGCUGAUCAGCAAACAGGCCCAGGAGCGCUUUGAGCUGAGCGAGAGCUGUGCGGAGCGUGCGGGGCUGCGGGGGGCCGCGGGGGAGCAGCUCAGCUUUGCCGCGGGGCUUGUCUACUCCCUCAGCCUGCUGCAGGCCACCCUGCACAAAUACGAGCAGGCCCUGAACAAGUGCAGUGUGGAGGUGUACAAGAAGGUGGGGACGCUGUACCCCGAGAUGAGUGUCCACGAGCGCUCGCUGGACUUCCUCAUCGAGCUGCUGCACAAGGACCAGCUGGAUGAGACUGUCAACGUGGAGCCACUCACCAAAGCCAUCAAGUACUACCAGCACCUGUACAGCAUCCACCUGGCUGACCAGGCUGAGGACUGCACCUUGCAGCUGGCUGACCACAUCAAGUUCACCCAGAGUGCCUUGGACUGCAUGGGGGUGGAGGUGUGCCGGCUCCGAGCCUUCCUCCAGGCUGGGCAGGAGGCAGCCGACCGGGCCAUCCCCCUGGAGACAUCCUGCAGUGACAUCCGCCAGUUCUGCAAGAAGAUCCGUCGGCGCAUGCCGGGUACAGAUGCACCCGGGAUUCCCGCGGCGCUUGGCUUCGGCCAGCAGGUGUCGGAGACGCUGCUGGAGUGCCGCAAGCACCUGACGUGGGUGGUGGCUGUGCUGCAGGAGGUGGCCGCGGCCGGGGCACAGCUCAUCGCACCCUUGGCUGAGAACGAGGGGCUGCAGGCCACCAGGCUGGAGGACUUGGCCUUCAAAGUCAGCGAGCAGAUCUAUGGCUCCCAAGGGAUCAACCCCAUCAACCCCUACGAGUGCCUGCGGCAGUCCUGCAGCAUCCUCAUUGCCACCAUGAACAAGAUGGCCACAGCCAUGCAGGAGGGCGAAUACGACGCUGACCGGCCCCAGAACAAGCCCACACCCCCAGCAGAGCUGCGCGCGGCCGCGCUUCGGGCAGAGAUCACAGACGCCGAGGGUCUGGGACUGAAGCUGGAGGACAGGGAGACAGUCAUCAAGGAGCUGAAGAAGUCCCUCAAGAUCAAGGGCGAGGAGCUCAGUGAGGCCAAUGUGCGGCUCAGCCUCCUGGAGAAGAAGUUGGAUAGUGCAUCCAAGGACGCAGAUGACCGUGUGGAAAAGAUCCAGACAAAGCUGGAUGAGACCCAGACACUGCUCAAAAAGAAGGAGAAGGAGUUUGAGGAGACCAUGGAUGCCCUCCAGGCCGACAUUGACCAGCUGGAGUCAGAGAAGUUGGAGCUGAAGCAGCGCCUGAACAACCAGUCAAAGCGAACGAUUGAGGGGCUGCGAGGGGCUCCUGCCUCGGGGGUGGCCUCCAUCGUCUCUGGCAUUGCUGGAGAGGACCAGCAGCGAGGUGUGGGUGCUGGGCAGGUGCCAGGGGGCGGCUCUGGCCCCGUGCAAGUGAAGGACUCUCCCCUCCUGCUGCAGCAGAUCGAUGCACUGCAGCUCUCCCUCAAACACCUCAAGAACGAGAACAACCUGCUCAAGGGCACACAGAUGCGGCUGGAGCUGGCCAGGCUGGCACCGCUGCAGGUGCCGCGGGUGGCCCUGCAGCCUCCCCAGGGUGAGGGGCUGCCCACACAGACGCUGUACCGCAAGACCACCCAACUCUUGGAGACCCUCUACCAGCUCAGCGCCAACGCCAAGGUCGUGGACAUGAGACAGAGCAAGUCCACCCGGAGCUCCUCGGCACGGCUGCUGGAGCAGACGGCUCGGCUCUGCGCCCUCAAGAACACCAUCGACGCCCUGAAGGGAUGCAGGAUGGGCAAGGGUGUCCGUGGAGUGGAUGCGGGGCUCUGGGGAGCAGUGAGGGGCACAGUGAGGGGCUCCAUGGG